UCCUCCGAGCCUCCCACCGGCGCCCCCCCUCUCGUCCCUCCCGAGGCCGCUCUGCGCCGGCGCGGACCGGGGAGGGUGCGCGGGAGGGGGCCGGUGCGGCGCAUGCGCGCUGUGGGCCGCCGCCGCCGCUUGGUGCCCCCGCCGUUGCCACCUCCGCCGCCUCCUUUCCGCCGGCGGGUGUGUGAAGGAGGAGCCGGAGCCGGGGCCGCCGCCGCCAUGGGGAGAAAGUCAAGUAAAGCCAAGGAAAAGAAACAGAAGAGGCUGGAGGAGCGGGCUGCCAUGGAUGCCGUCUGUGCCAAAGUGGAAGCCGCCAACAAGCUCGAAGACCCCUUGGAGGCAUUUCCAGUGUUCAAGAAAUACGACCGGAAUGGGUUAAAUGUCUCCAUUGAGUGUAAGCGAGUGUCGGGGCUGGAGCAGGCUACAGUGGAUUGGGCCUUUGAUCUCACCAAAACCAACAUGCAGACCCUGUAUGAACAAAGUGAAUGGGGCUGGAAGGAUCGAGAGAAGAAAGAAGAGAUGACCGAUGACCGGGCCUGGUACCUCAUUGCUUGGGAAGAGAGCGCCGUCCCCGUCGCCUUCUCGCACUUCCGCUUCGAUGUGGAGUGUGGGGAUGAAGUCCUGUACUGCUAUGAGGUGCAGUUGGAGAGCAAAGUUCGGAGAAAAGGUCUGGGGAAGUUUCUGAUCCAAAUCCUACAGCUUGUGGCCAACAGCACCCAGAUGAAGAAAGUCAUGCUAACAGUGUUCAAACACAACCAUGGGGCAUACCAGUUUUUCAGAGAAGCGCUGCAGUUUGAGAUCGAUGACACCUCUCCCAGCAUGUCCGGCUGCUGUGGUGAUGACUGCGCCUAUGAGAUCCUGAGCCGGAGGACGAAGUUUGGGGACAGCCAGCAUGCUCACUCGGGUGGGCACUGUGGUGGCUGCUGCCACUGAGGCCUCGCCAGGCCCCAGAGCCACCUCUCCCCCGGCCUUCUCCCUUUCCCUGUUUCCCGUCACUCCACACAUUCUCAGCUGCCUCUCACCUUUCAGGUCCCCCACGGCGGUGGUCUCCUCAGCUGGAGAGGCUGCCAGGGUGCACCCCCAGAGACACUGCCCCCUCCCCCAGCCCUCAUCUGCCCUCCCCACAGCAUUGGUGAGCAGGGCAGGGCCGCAGGGCUGGGGAAGAGCCAUCCCGGUUCUCGAGGUGGCCCACUGGGGCUCUUUGCCAGUCUGUGAGGCAAGACAGGCUUGUUUCUAAGCCACGUCUUUGGAAGGAGCUUUCUUCCCUUUUUCUACUUAGCCAGAACCCCAGCCCCCCACAGCAAGACUCCAUUGCUUGUAGAACAGCAGCUGGGCACUGCUGGGCUCCCCCACAGAGGAAGAAAGGAGAAGUGGGGUGCCUAUGCAGCCCCGAGGGGAUACGAAAAUGCCAGAGUCUGGCCAAGAGAAAACGUUGGCAUUGGGUUUGUAGUUUCCUCAGAAAAGGCCCCUUCCCAGAGGGAAGACCUUUUGUGGCAAGAAAAGUGAGCCAUUUUGUAAGGUCUAUAUUUGCAGAAGUAUAGAGCAAAAUUGAUCCCAGGGCCCACAGGAUACCUGUGGGAACCAUUGGAGGGGCGGGGUCCUGACCCUUCUCUCUCCUUCAGGCCCAGGGGCCUGGGCUGAGAGGCCUGAGAAGGUCCUGCCACCUGGGCAGAGCUUUGGGUCAAUGAUGCUAGCUUGUCUUGUGCUUGUCCUCUGCUCUGCCCCGCUCCUGGGGAAACAACAUCAGGGAGUCCUCAGGCUUCCCUUGGAAGGAGGCCUGGUUCCUGUUUGCAUAUUCAAUGCCGUUUCCUCUGUACUUUGGUGCUGAUUCUUCCCCUCCUCCACCCAGCAGUAGCAGGCCCUGGAGCCUCUCCCUCCUCUGCCUCAGUGAGGCGACAGUGCUGCUCACCCUGUCCAGACUCCACCAGCUGUCUGUGGACCAGGGGGCAGCUCGAUCUGGCCUCUGUCCAUUUCUUUCAGGGAUGCACACUGACCUGCUCCCAUCCAGCCAGAACGUCUCAGUCCCUCCAGCAGAAUCCUCUCUGUCCUUCCUAGGAUGCUGAACUAGGGAGGAGAGAAGGGCCUGCUGAGGGUUUGGGAAAGGGGGCUUUAUCAUGUCUGCAUCCAAGAGGAGUGGCUUUUCAGAUGCUGAACUCCCUCCCUCGUCUGUCCUCCAGGGCUUCUCCUGCCCCCUGCCUGGGGCAGGGACUAUCAAGCCCACAUCUCCCCUUUGAAGCCCCUUGGUAGGGAGCCUCUUUAAAGUCUUAACCUCUGUGAAGGUUCUUGUAGAAGGUCUGUCCUUGGACCUGCCCUCAGAUUCUCCUCAUACCUACUUGCAUUGCCCCAACUCAGGAGGCAGCUGUGCCUGCCUGUUCUUAGGAUCUCCCCUGCAAGCCCCUUCCCACUUCUUCCCCUUCACCACUGUGUAGGAGCAUGGGCACACAUGCAGUGUCGUCCUACAAAGCACCAGCCUGUGAGCUGCUGGAGACCAGGGAUCCUGGGCACUAGGCUUACACUCCCCUCUUCAGCUCACACCCUGCUUUCCCUUGGAAAGGGCCAGGGUUUGUUUUUUCAAGACGCCUUUGCAGCUUUUACACUGGAUUAAAUCCCCACUCCUCCACCCCUGGUGUCUCUCAGAGAAGCUCCUGCCAUAGGGUGGGUUUUCUAGGUCAUUGAAAGGGGCUGAUUUGGGCUCCCUCAAACUGGGAGCAGAUGAAGUACCUUUGAAGGAGAGUUCCCCUUCUCCUCUCCAGGGAUAUGAACCAAAAUAUUUUGGGUCUCAGAUCAUGGAUUUCUGACUUUAUACCCCAGAAUUCCAAAAGAAUCCCCAACAAAAAUUCCAAGUAACUUGAGUUCAUAGUGUGUCUCUUUUUACUGACUUCUUGACCUCUUCCUAAUAACCAGACCCCAAUAACCAAACUCAUUUGUGGGGUGGUGACAUUGCGGUUGCCCCCGUCCGUAUCCCAGCGUUCUUUACUCAACUGACAGGCAGCAUUGAAGGACAAGCAAGUCAUUCCUUGGUUUGGUUUUCCUGUUUGGAGAUCCCCGUGGGCCUCUCUCACAUCAGUGUCUCACCUCAACUUGGCCUAAGUCUAGUUUUUGAGAAAUGUAGCUCUCUGUUUGGACUGUAUUAUUGUUUUGUUUGGGGCACAUUGAAGUAUUUUUGUUAAGGAUGUCUUCUUUUUAAGUUGUCUCUAUCCUUCGCCCGUGCUAGGUCACUUCUAUUGGCGUGUCUGUGUACAUGCGUGAGUGGGAGUGUGCGUGUGCCCGGGGGAGCGUGAUUCUUUUUAACCCUUUCAGUUUUUUAGAGGAAAAUUUGAAAACAGACCCCUACUAUUGAUAUAUAUAUUUUUUUCCUUAGUAAAUUCUUUUCUCACUGGAAUCAAAGGGAAAAAGCAAACCUUUUGCAUUGGUUUUAUUUGUAUGUUACAAAUAAAAGACACUUUGUUCAGUU